GGUCAGGCUCCAUGCUGUCCGCUUUUAAAGCCUAUUGCAAUUGGAGAAACUAUUAGCGAACAGCAUGGAUCCUGACCAGACUGCGCGGAUGCGCAGGCUGGUCUGGAUCCAUGCUGGUCGCAUACCCACUAUGUUGGUUUUCCCAUGGCACGGCUCAUAUGUCAAGGCGUUGAACAUGCAAAGACGAUUUGUUCUCGGUUUUGUAACCUCUGCUCUCUAGUUGAUGGGAUGUGGUCUGAGUGGACAGAAUGGUCCACGUGUGAUGUAACGUGUUAAAAUGGUAUACAGGCUAGAACAAGAACGUGUACCAACCCUAAGCCAGCUUACGGGGGAUUAAAUUGUUCUGGCAACAGAUGUGAAAGAAUGCCACAAAGAGCUUUGUCCCGUGCAUGGCGGAUGGGCAGGGUGGACCGACUGGGAGGAUUGCUCUGUCAGUUGUGAUAUUGGAGUACAGAAACGGCAUCGCAAUUGUUCAAAUCCUUUCACCUCAAUGCUUGGGCAUUAUUGCUCCGGAGACCCAGUUGACCACCGACUUUGCAUGCCAGGACCAUGCGCAGAUGGUGGAUGGUCUCAAUGGGGUACAUGGAGCAGCUGUAGUGUGUCAUGUGGCGGAGGUGUACGUUCCCAAUCAAGGACGUGUACAAAUCCCAGUCCUUCCUUAACUGGCAAAUAUUGUGAUGGGAAAAACAUGCAAAUUUCAUCUUGCAACGACAAUUCUUGCGGCUCAUACGCUACAGUUCCGAACAUUGUCUUUAACGCCUACAACUUGACAGACAGAAGUCCAGCCGUUAAUGAGACAAUGGUGUUCAACAACGUUGUAGUUAAUGAUGGAGAAGGUUACAAUGCUACUACCGGAGAAUUCACGGCACCAAUAGACGGAACUUACUCCUUCAGCGCUCAGCUGUGCAUCCAUGACGGUGAAUCUUUGUACUUCGACAUCAAGGUUGGAAAUACAACUUACGCCACUGCAUAUGCUUUCGAUGACGACGCGCCCGACUGCUCUAUGAUCCAAACCUCUGCUAGAGUAAAGGAAAACGAAAAAGUGAUAGUACAGUGGACGACUAAAUCACAAAAAGGCUCGGUUUUAGUGCAGAACUCUCACCUAAAGAAUUUCUUUUCCGGCAUGUUAGUACACCUGUAGAUAUAACUGAAUGCUAAAAAUGAUUUCCUUACGGUUUUCUACGGAAGAGCAUAAGUGUCAGGUGUAUGUUAUGUAUUAACUCGAAAUGUCGACUGAGUAACCGGAAAUUUCGAGAUAUGUAACUCGAAAUUUUGAUAUAUUAACUCGAAAUUUCGACUUAGUAGCUCGAUCUUGCGACUUAGUUACUCAAAAUUUCGAAAUAUGUUACAUAUCUCGAAAUUUCGAGUUAUUAACUAUACUAGAUUACGUUGAUGUAUAGCCCCUGGCCAAGAGUAGGUACUUGGUGUAUCCAUCGGGUAGCCCUACAGGGUCAUAUGAUAAAGAUGACCGGGCAGCGUUUGCUCAUAAAAAUUUUACUAUUUAAACCAUGUUUAAGCCUGGAAGGUUUUCGACCUAGUUUGAACCCAUAUGGCAAGAAAAUAUAGACAUACCUUAAUUGAACGUGUAGUAAUGAUCUCUGACCAAGAUUGAGUACCUGGAUAAAUCUAGAUUUUGUGGAGAGGUCAAAGGAGGUGACCAAGAAGUAUUCAAACUUAGAAUAUUUCACUAUUUUGAGACCCUAACAACUAAGCAUACUAUACAGGUAAAUAAAGGUAUAUAUCCUGGAUAGAGUUCGAAAUCUGGAGUAGGUCUAGAGGAUAUGGGUAGGUCAUACAUUGAGCUAUGGUAGUAUAUGUUCAAAUCGCUACAUGUUGGGUACACUAUACGGAUGUGUAGAUGAUUCCACUUUGAAGAGUCAAAAGUCGUCCAUUACAUUUUUGGCCUUUGACAGACGGACAGAUGUUCAAAUUUUGCAGAUAAAAGGAUAAGAUACGAAGUCGAAAUUUCGUGUUAUUAAUUCGAAAUUUCGUGUUACUUUACUCGAAAUUUCGAGACACGUUACUCGAAAUUUCGAGUUAACAUACACUUGGCACUAAUGCUCUUCCGUAGUUUUCUCAAAAAUCACAGGAAAAUGAUUUAUGCAACACAAACAUGACAAAAUUGUGAAUUCAUAUAAAAAUAUAUAUUGAAAUAAAAAGGUCAACACUUCCUUUAUCUGACGAAUAGAACCUUAUUUAGAAAAAAAGAAACAAAAAGCUUUUCCAUCAAAGAUUUCUUUGUUCAAUAUAAUUGCACGCAUUCACACGGGCUUUAGGGCAUCAGAAUCUUUUUUACACGUCUGUAACUAACUUUUUAUGCCGAACAUUGUCAAUGUUAAACGAAAGCCACAAAAAAACGUUGGGCUGGAGUUUGAUGCAAAACCCACUGUAAAAUGAUUACAUAAUUACAUUGUCCUGUAACAAGAUAAAAAGCUUGUUAGGAUUUUUUCUUGAUAUUUAGUGGUUGUUACAUCCUGUUAUUAUUUCAUGCACUCACGUAUAAAAAAACGCCCGUUGUUAGUUAAUUUUGCAGAAACUUGGACAUGACUUCUUUGUGGAUGCUGUAUCAAUUUCAUUGUAUUAAAAAAUAACAAUAAAUUGUAAACAGA